UGACCGCUGUAGAGGUCAUCCCUAUCUUGUCCGUGACCAGGGAGUAGCAGACCUAAGAUAGAUACAGUUCCCUACGAUAACCACCUUUCCACACCGACUACAGCCAUGUACACAUUCGCCGUUUUUGUCGCACUACUCGGAGCUGUCUAUGGACAGACACACCUGUGUGACAAGAUUUGUUCCGCCCAGUACAGUCCAGUUUGUGGAAGUGACCGCCACACAUAUAGUAACAUGUGUAAACUACAAGUUGCUGAAUGCUACGCUCGACUGAAAGGUCAGCACAUGACCUUGGCCCAUAACGGACGUUGCACCUCCUCAACUCACUACACGCCUUCCAGCGCUCAAUGUGAUACAAUUUGUGAUGAUGAGAGUGGUGACAGUGCAGUGUGUGGCAGUGAUGGCGUCACCUACGACAGUCACUGUGAAUUUGACAAUGCAAGGUGCCUGGCAGCUAGGCAACAUGCCACUCUGAGCAUACGUCACACUGGUCAGUGUACGCAGACGGACCUGGACUGUCCACUCCACUGUGACUCUAAAGAUAUAAGUCCAGUGUGUAGCAUGGGAAACCACACCUAUAAGAACGUAUGCUACUUGAAGCAGCUACAAUGUAGGUAUGCCCACAUUUCAUCUUUAGCUGAGCACUACGAUUUGGCACGCAACGGAUCGUGUGAUGGCCUGGACGUCUCCAAAACUUACCAGCUGGAUUGUAGUCCAUACCAGUUGAAUGCUCAGAUUGCAGUAGAGGGUGGUCACCAGCAAACCUUGCUAAAGAACUGUGACCAUACCUACAACCCCAUCUGUGGCACCGACCUCCGAACCCACAGUAAUCUGUGUUCUUACUGUCAUAGCAUGGCUCUACACCUCAAGCUCGGUGUCAACCAAACCGUUGCUGUCAUUGCGGAGAAUGCUUGUCCAUCCUACCUCUCAUCGCACAUCGUUGUUGGUUAAAAAUCUAUCCAUUGCCAUUAAAUUAACCCUCAAAGCAAAA